GCUGCUCAAGAUUAAAGCGCAUGUUGCUUUAGAUUCAAGUAAAGCUAUAUACCUGCAGUUAAAAGUCAUCUUCGUUUAAAGUGAACAUUAGAUUGUCUUCGCAAUGCUACCGUCACGUCUAAGUCCUUUAACAAUGUCUAAACCCCAAUCACAUUAUAUUGGAGAUGUCUUGGGUAUUGAUCCUGUGUCUUCAACUCAACACAUUUAUACCAAAAGCGUUCUUUACCGACCCUACCAGAGUUCACCGUGCCUGUCAGACGACAAUCCUGCCAUUCGCAGAAAACAACGAAGGAAUAGAACAACCUUUACAAAAAGUCAGUUGGAAGAACUUGAGAAGGUUUUCGAAAAGAAACAUUAUCCUGACAUUGCACUCAGAGAAGAAUUAGCUGCAAAAAUUAAUAUCAGUGAAGCUCGAAUACAGGUCUGGUUCCAGAACCGCAGAGCAAAGUGGAGAAAAACACAAAACCCUUCACGACUGCAUACGAAAAAGAUCCGAUUGGAUUCCGAUAAGACCUUACAACUUCCGAUUGCACCACGACCAAGUCUCUCGUACCCCAAUCCUGGGUAUUUCCUGAGUGUUCAGGGGAGUGGUCCUCCGACUAUACUAACACCCACCGCCUACAUGGCACCAACUGUACACGGGGCGCCUCUCUGGCCUUACCAAGGACAUUGUUCUACAGUAGAGAACGAAGCUCGAGGAAUUGACACUUUAUACUUAAGAGGAAACACACGUUCUCCUCCUACAAUGACAUCGUUUGAUGUAUAUUCGUCUUAUCGGUAGAAACGUUUAACUUUGAGGGAGUUCACCAUACACCCUCUGAGAUUCAUUUUAAGCCUUGGUUUUUAAAAUAUGUGAGAUUAUGCAUGAGAAACCUCAUAAUCACUUGCGCGUCUACAAUGCAGAAUGAAUUUCUACAAUAGAUGACUUCUUUUGUCAUGUCAAAUAAAAUUUGUUAAUAAAAGACAAAGGGACAUGUAAAAUAGUGAUUACAAAAAUCUUCAUGUUGUAAACGUCCAACAAGUAUUCUGUGAAUACCGAAAAGUUGCGUAAAAAAAUCGACCUGAAAUGGCUUCAGGCGUGAGAAAUCGAGGCCGUAGCCUAGGCAGCCAUAAAAUUGAAGCGUGUUACAGCUUUUCAUACAUUGUGCUUUGGUUAAUCUAAAUUGUUCAACUCUGUCGUCAAUGUGAUAUACCAGCGAUGAUAUUUAGAAUUAUAUAUACCUACUGAGAUAUAUUAAACUGAACGACAUUACGAUUUCAG